UGUUUUAUUUAAGCAAAGACCUGAGUGAGAUCAUCGGUUGAGCCACCUGGGUGUCUGGGGGAAGGGCAUUCCAGGCUGAAGGAACAGCCGGUGCAAAGGCCCUGGGGCCGGAGUGUGCCUCCCUCAGGUCAGCAUGGCUGGUUGUGGAGGUAAGGGCAGAAGGGACAGGGCUAGAUCCUGCAGGUCUGUCUAGGUGACAGUAAAGACUUAAACCUCUGUGGCAGGUGCCAGGGGAGAGUUUGGAGUAGAGGAGGGACGUGAGGUCUUUGGCUGCCUGGAGAACAGAAGGGUGGCUGAGCUAGGAAGGCUGGCGAGGUGCAUAGGGACAGUGAUAUUCGGGUGGAAGAUGGUGGUGGCAUGGUGGGGGGGGGGACGAGGUUGAAUUCUGGAUACACUUUAAUGGUCAGCUGACGCAUUUGCUGGCGAACUGGACUGUCAGCAGGCAGUGAGAGGAAAGAGAACCACUCGGAGGCUUUUGGACUGAACUCCUGGAAGGAUGUAGCUGCUGUUUGCCUGGAUGUGCAAGGUGACCUGUGUUGGGGGUGGGGUGUGAAGGCUCAGGGCUCAGGGUGACCUCCUCCUUGCCCUGUGUGCAUUGCUUCUAGCUGGAGACAGCUCUGCAUCCCCCCAGCCCCAGAUUCGCUGUGUCCCACCCCAGGAUCAACCCUCUCAGCCCUCUUGAGCCCCAAUCCCGCGGAGGCGCCCUCUGCAGCGUCAGCGUCGGUGGCCACCUGUCACCGCCAGGUGGCGCUCCUUGCAACAGCCUGGUCCACCCCAGUUCACUUUCUCCCCCCAAAAAUUUCCUUUCACUUUCGAUCUUUGGCUGUCACCCGCCGUGGCCCCUUCCACACCCAGCUGGGGCAAGCCUGGUGCGUGAGGAGAAAUGGGCUCCGGGUCCCCGAGGGGCGGGGCCGGGGUCCCUCUCCUGGAUCUGAGCGGAGAGGGUUUGGGGUCGGGCUCCUGGGUCCCUGGCCCGGGGAGGGUUCCGGCACCGGACGUCGGGGUUCUUAGAAGGGGAGAUGAGGAGUUUUCACCGUAACUGGGGCUCACGCAGGAAGCCCGAUAGAGUAGGAGGCGGAAACUUAGCCACAUCAAGGAACCGGGGGAGGGGCGGGGAGGUGAAGGGGCGGGCGAGGAAGGGGCUGGGGUGUAGGGGUCCGAGACUCGCUCUUCUGUCCCUUCCGAGAUCCGGCCACAGGCAUGAGGGGCCCCCGGCCGAAAUGGUAGUGCCGGCGCCAGCCUGGAGCCCAACUACCUCGCUGCUGCUGCUGCUGCUGCUGCUGCUGCUGAGCCCCGGCCUUCUCGGGAGCCCGGACUGCUCCUUCCCCCACAGCCCCAUCUCCUCCACCUUCGCCAACACCAUCCGCCAGCUGUCUGACUACUUGCUUCAGGAUUACCCAGUCACUGUCGCCUCCAACCUGCAGGACGACGAGCUCUGCGGGGCGUUCUGGCGCCUGGUCCUGGCCCAGCGUUGGAUGGGACAGCUCAAGACCGUGGCUGGGUCCCAGAUGCAGAAGCUGCUGGAGGCUGUCAACACCGAGAUAGUCUUUGUCACCUCAUGUGCCCUCCAGCCCCUCCCCAGCUGUCUUCGCUUCGUCCAGGCCAACAUCUCCCACCUCCUGCAGGACACUUCCCAGCAGCUGGUGGCCUUGAAGCCCUGGAUCACCCGCCGGAAUUUCUCCCGUUGCCUGGAGCUGCAGUGUCAGCCGGACCCCUCCACCCUGCUGCCCCCAAGGAGUCCUGGGGCCUUGGAGGCCACAUCCCUGCCGGCACCUCAGGCCUCUCUUCUGCUCCUCUUGCUCCUGCUGCUGCUGCCUGCCGCCCUCCUGCUGCUGGCCACUGCCUGGUGCCUGCGCCGGAGGAGGAGGAGACGGAGGAUGCCCUGCCCCGGGGAGCGGCAUUCACAUGAGAGGAAGACGCCGAGGCCCAGAGAGAGGAGUCACCUGCCAGAGGACACAGAGCGGAACUUGGAGGAAAUCAGUUAGAGACUGGUCCCUUCCUUGGCCACGCUGCCCCUGUUACUGUCUCCCCAGGAUGGAGGCAACGCCAGCACCCGACCCCGGCCCCACCUUCCCCCCUCUGUACAAAGCCCUUAGCCCCAGGAAACUGUAUAUAAAUCAUUCUU